AUGAUUAUUCCAGUUCGUUGUUUCUCUUGUGGCAAGGUCGUCGGUGACCUUUGGGAGCGUUACCUGCAGCUUCUGGAUGAAGGUGUGCCUGAUGGUGAUGCCAUGGACCAGCUUGGCUGCAGACGGUACUGCUGCCGCCGUAUGGUCAUGACCCACGUCGAUCUGAUCGAGAAGUUGCUUCGCUACAACUCCGCCGAGAAGGAGCGCUCUAAGGCUCAAGUUUAA